GAUCGUAUGUGGAGAUUGAGCAGAAAGUAUAAAGUCUGACUGCACACAACACAAAGUCUCUUUCACUGUGUAGAGACAGACCAAAACAGACCAGACCAAUGGACUACGGCAAGUCUUACGGCGACCCUGCGUAUGGAAACAGGGGUUAUCCACAGGGUUACAACAAUCAACCAUCUUACGGGGGUGAACAAUAUCCACAGCAGACAUAUCCAACUGCUCAGUAUAACUCGGGGCAGCCAACGGUCAUAACAAGUCAGCAGUACCCAGGGCAGGCAGUAGUCAUAACUGGCCAGCCUACAGUUUUUGCUACCCAAGGUGCCCUGGCUCGACCUGUCAAUGACUACUUGGGCUACUCCAUCUUUACCAUGUUAUGUUGCUGCCUGCCAAUUGGAAUUGCUGCCCUUAUCCACUCCAUCUUUACUCGUGAUGCCAUUCGAAAUGGUGACCAGACAACGGCUGAGAAAUCCAGCAGAAUGGCCAGAAAUCUGAACCACACAGCAUUGGGAAUCGGACUUGCAGUCUUCAUCGCUUCCAUCAUCUUUAUUGUGGUCACGCUUGCGACUGCUAAUAAUUAACUUUAAAGGGAUGCUGAUUCAUUUUUUGGCAGAAACCAUGAUUAAAAUCCAUAUGAAAAAGAAAUUCUGAAAAUAUUUUCGCUUUUAAGAUUAGAUUCAUUAAUCUAUAUUAGCCUUUAAUACAAAUUCUUGUAUUCUUAUUGAUCUCUCAUGCCUUAGGGAUUGAUGUUAAUGUUUCUACAUCAAAUGGCGUUUUCAUCUUCAAGAAUGUGUCAUAAUGGAUAAUGGGAAAUAAAACCUGCAGCUUUCACAUCAGCAAGCUCUAAAUAUGCACUAAUUAUGCACUUACUGUGUUCCAGAAUUCACUGAAUAAAGACCUACUCAAAGAACAA